UCUGGAAAACAUACCAAUCUUCCCACCAAUACAUUUAUUUCCCGAGAUAGCAGCGUGAUUGAUACUGUAGAUAGAGUUCAUUCCAUUUGGUGGAAUAUGUGCGCGAAUUUACUAAUUUUAUUUCCCAAGGAACACUCAUUGAGUCUGGAGUGAAUUGUGCUACAAAAAAAUACUCAAUUUUCCUGAAGUUUAAGAGUUUUUGUUGAGUGAGGUUUCAGUGAUGGAGUGGCUCGACACAAUAUUCACAAUUUUAGCUGUUAUAGCUGCAUUCUAUUUCUUCGUCAAACACAAGCAAUCGUACUGGGAGCGUGAAGGUGUUCCGUAUACGGAGCCAAGAUUCCUAUUGGGAAACGCAUUUUCCCUGAAAACUCCUUUGAAAGAUCGUUUUCACAAAUUGUACAAUGAUUUGAAGUCGAAAGGGAAAUUCGCUGGAUUGUACUCCUUUAUUGCACCUGCAGUAAUUAUCUUACAUCCUGAUCUUGUGAAGGCAGUCCUCGUGAAGGAUUUCCAUUAUUUUGAGGAUCGUGGAUUUUAUGUGAAUGAAAAAGCAGAUCCCCUAUCGGCUCAUCUCCUCUCACUUACGGGCAAUAAAUGGAAGAACUUGCGAGCAAAGCUUUCGCCAACAUUUACAAGUGGUCGUAUGAAGUUAAUGUUCCCCCUUAUAGCGGGAAUAUCAAAGGAAUUCCAGAGAACUUUUGAAGAGGAAGCAACUAAGAAUAGCAUCGUGGAAAUUAAGGAUCUAAUGGGGAGAUUCACAACGGAUGUUAUAGGAUGUUGUGCUUUUGGGCUGGACUGCAAUAGCCUCAAAGAUCCCAAUACGGCUUUUCGUGAGUAUGGAAAAUUGACAUUCAGCAGGACUCCCAUUCAAGGAUUGCGACAAAUAUUUUUGUUGACUUUCCCCAAAAUUGGGCAUUUCUUUAAUAUGGCCUUUAAUAAUCCCAAAGUCACGGAAUUCUACAUGCGAAUUGUUAAAGAAACAGUGACCUAUCGUGAAAAGAAUAAUGUGCAGCGGAAUGACUUUAUGAAUUUGUUAAUAAGUCUCAAGAACAGUAUGGAGGAAACUGAGAAAUUGACUAUCAAUGAACUCGCCGCACAAGCUUUUCUAUUCUUCGUGGCUGGCUUUGAAACCUCAUCCACAACCAUGAUGCACUGUAUCUAUGAAUUGGCUCUCAACCCGGAUAUUCAGGAGAAGACAAGAGAACAUAUCAAUCAAGUUCUGGAGAAGCAUAACAAUGAAUUGACUUACGAAGCUAUGAUGGAUAUGACGUACCUAGACCAAGUUGUCAAUGAAACUCUAAGGAAAUACCCCGUCUUGAUAUUUCUUCUGAGGAUUUGCACACAGGACUACACAUUCCCCGAUAGCAAGACUACCGUGAAAAAAGGAAUGCGCGUUUUUCUUCCUAUCUAUGGGUUCCAUCAUGAUCCCGAAUACUACCCGAAUCCCGAAAAAUUUGACCCAGAUCGGUUCACAAAGGAAAGCAUUGCAGCACGUCCACAGUAUACCUACUUCCCAUUCGGUGAUGGACCUAGAAAUUGCAUAGGGAUGCGAUUUGGUCUUAUGCAGGCACGUGUAGGACUCAUAGCUCUACUUCGUAGCCUCAAAUUCGCUCCGUGCGCUCAAACACAGAUUCCAUUGAAAGAUUAUCCCACUGCACUUCCCUUGUUGCUGCACCAGAAGGGUCUUCAACUGAAAGUUGAAAAACUUUAAUUAAACUCUCUUGGAUAAUGCUGCUCUUUCAAUGCAAAGCCUCUUGAACAAAUCAGGAAGAAAAUCAAUAAAUUUUCAUUACACAUCACUUAAAAGAGAUUAAAUACAGCGUAAUAGAAUACCCCAUAAUAAUGGAAAAGAUUCAGAGAUUGUGUUCUUUUCUUUUUUGUUGAAUAAAUGUUGACUAAUUAAAAAA